AUGAUAGAAAGCAGACCCACUUCCAGGAUGUCAGGAAUCCUUGGACAAUCAGGACAGAGUGGACAUCCAGCACCGCAGGACAUCAGGCUGCUGACCACAGACCCAUCACAACUAAGUGAGGAUGAACUUCCAGGGGACCUCCAGUCCCUGUCCUGGCUCACCUCUGUGGAUGUGCCCCGGCUGCAGCAGAUGGCCACCGGGCGCCUGGAUUUUGGCUCUGCCCCGCAAAACACCAUGCUGGAGCAGCAGACAGCCCGGUUGAACCCAUCUGAAGGACAGGCUGCCAUGAUCCACCUUCAGAUGCAGAUGAUGCACUACCCCUUGAAUGGACAGCCUUCUCCAGGCUUCCACUGUCCUGUCUCAGUGUACCAAGCCUCUCCGCAAGUUUUUGCCCUGGCACAGGCAAGCCAGCAGCAUAACUCUGCCGGACUGUAUAGUAACAAUUCGUUCAGCAGUCAAAGUGCUUUCAGACAGCCACACCACAUCCCUCACAGCAGUCAGGACCUGCAGCCCAAAUCCUUCCCUAAACCCAUCUACUCCUAUAGCUGUCUGAUUGCAAUGGCCCUGAAGAACAGCAAGACAGGUAGUCUUCCCGUCAGUGAGAUCUACAGCUUUAUGAAGGAGCACUUUCCGUACUUCAAGACAGCACCAGAUGGGUGGAAGAAUUCUGUUCGCCACAACCUGUCCUUGAACAAGUGCUUUGAGAAGGUGGAGAACAAGUUGAGUGGCUCCUCACGCAAGGGUUGCCUGUGGGCGCUGAACCCAGCCAAAAUUGAGAAAAUGGAGGAGGAGAUGCAGAAGUGGAAGCGUAAGGACCUUCCAGCCAUUCAACGCAGCAUGGCCAACCCAGAUGAAUUGGACAAACUGAUAACUGACCGGCCGGAGAGCUGCAGACGGGAACUGUGUGACCUGGGAUUGACAACGAUGCCCAGCGCUCCAGCUAACCUGCCGCUCACUGGGCAGUUGCAGCCACAGCCUGUGAUAACCCUGUCACUGCAGUGCCUCCCUUUGCACCACCAGGUCCAGACUCGGGCUCAAGCCCGACUGGCCCCUGGCUCUCCUGCCCUUGCCCAGACGCCCCCCCACCAGGCCAUGCCUGACCUGUCCCAUAGCCCCCUUGCCCCACACCCUGGCAAGCCCACCAAUGACUACUACAGUUUGCAGGAUGAUGUGAACACUGAAGUAGAUGCACUGGACCCUAGCAUCAUGGACUUUGCCUUACAAGGGAACCUGUGGGAGGACAUGAAGGACGAAAGUUUCAACCUGGACACACUGGGUGCCUUCAGCAAUUCCCCUCUGCGGCUGUCCGACUGCGAGCUGGGUACGAGCGGCCUCACGCCAGGGUCAAGUGCCAGCGGCCUGUCCUUAUCAGACUUGCAGGUGACUGGUCUGUACACUGCUUACACAGGUCUGGAAAGAGUCACCUCGCAGUACAUGGGGACACAGGGCAGCAGCAGUAGUAAACCUAUAGCCCUCCUCUAA